AUGAAAGGCUCCGUCGUCUCUUUCCUCGCUGCCGUCGCGGGUGUUGCUGAGGCCAGUGUGCAAGGCUUUGACAUCUCGGGAUAUCAAGGCACGGUCAACUUUGCUGGUGCUUACUCUUCGGGGGCCCGGUUCGUCAUCAUCAAGGUCAGUCAAGUGAAGAUGGGCGGGCUCCAAGCAGGACAAAUCGAUGGGGCCACCGAGGGCACCACCUACACCGACAGCAGCUUCUCCAGUCACUACACGGGCGCGACCUCAGCUGGUCUCAUUCGCGGUGGUUAUCACUUCGCCCGCCCUGAUACCAGCUCCGGGGCCACCCAGGCCAAGUUCUUCCUGGCUCACGGGGGAGGCUGGUCCGGCGACGGCAUUACCCUGCCAGGCAUGCUAGAUAUCGAGUACAAUCCCUACGGGUCUACCUGCUACGGCCUCAGCGCAUCGUCCAUGGUCGCAUGGGUGAAGGACUUUGGUGAGACCUACAAGAGUGCAACUGGUCGCUACCCAAUGAUCUACACCACGGCCGACUGGUGGAACACUUGCACCGGGGGUAGUUCAGCCUUCAGCCAAGACUAUCCGCUGGUGUUGGCCCGCUACUCAAGCUCCGUCGGUACCAUCCCCGGUGGCUGGCCAUAUCAAAGCUUCUGGCAAAACUCGGACUCGUAUGCGUAUGGCGGCGACUCGGACAUCUGGAAUGGAAGCGAGGCUGCUCUCCAGACGUUUGCCCGGGGCUAG